UGAAAAUUGAAACACACAUCUAACAGAUGGGUGAAUCUCUGAUUCUCGAAUAAACCCCAUUUGAGAGCAAAAGCAACUACCGUUAAGACCUUGAAGCAAAUCAAGUUUCGAUUUUUCUUCGUCCCCAAGCUUUUACUUCUGAUUCUCAACGACCCCGAGAGAGCCACAUCGGAAGUCUAAGGCGUUCUAGGGUUUUACCAAUCUCCUAAUUCGCUGCUCCGUUGCAAUAUGUCGAGAAAGAAAUCUCCCGUCGUCUUGCCCCAACCGAUUCUCCGCCGCUCCGCGAGGCUUAUCUCUCGGCAUAGUCAACAAAAACCCACGAAAGAUCUGAGCUUUGGCUCGGAACCACCGAAGAAAACCCGCCGCGAACUCGGAGCAGAACCCAAGAAAUCCCCAAAAUCGCUUAGGGUUUCGAAAAGAGGGGUUUUCGAAAAGUCUCCACCUUUAAGCUCCACGAAGCCUUUAGCAUCGACCCCAUCAAGCUCUUUCACUCUGAGACGCUCUCCUAGGUUCUCUAAUGGAGAAGGAAGGUCUCUGUAUCAUUUUCAAUCAGGUAACAGUGUGUUGAGUAGUUGUAGUAGUGCCAAAUCUGGUGUGGAAGGUAGAGACAGAAGUAGAAGUGGUCCAAAGACUAAUCAAGUGGUUAGAGAAGAAGAAGAAGUUAGUGUUUGUGUUGGUGAGGGGAAAGGAAAUGGUGUGAGGUCUAGGGAUAUAAGUAGAACUCGUCCUUGUCCAAAUACUAAGCAGAUUUGUAUUGAUUGUGAUUGUCAUGAUGAUGGUGAUGAAGAAGAGGUUAGUGUCUGCCUUAAUGAGGUGAAAAGGAUGAGACUUUCAAAGGAUAAAGCUGAUGAAGGGAAGGGAAUAGAGAAGGAAGAAGGAGUGAAGACGAAGAACGAGAGAGGAUGGACAGAUGAGCUUGAGUUAGCUUUACAGGGAGCUUAUCUGACAGUGAAGCCAAGUCCUAACUUCUGGAAAAAGGUUUCUAAGAUGGUCCCUGGAAAAUCUGCUCAGGAGUGUUUCGAUAGAGUCAACGCAGAUCUCAUCACUCCUCGUCAAACUCAGCCUAGGUCAAGAGCCAAGAAGUCGAACUUAUCACCAAUCCCGCAGUUUUCUCUAUCUGCAAGUAAGCUACUGAAACCUAACUCACCAAAGACUAAGAUACGGCAGAGGAAAGGUAAUCUCUCUAAGAAAGCGAUCAGGCAUCUAGUGGAGAAGCAGAAUCAUAUGGAUCAAGGUCUUGGAUGUGAUCUCUUCUCAGUUCUUGAGCCUGGCGUUGCCACAAGCAGCUUCCUCUCAACUCCAACGGAGAAAGGGAAAAGUCUUCCGAGAAUCAUUGAAAGUCCAAUAAGGCCUGGCUCAAGUAAAGAUCAAACGAGUCUCGUUAGCCCUCCAGUGCUGAAACAGGUGAAAAACAAGGCGUUGCAUGAGAAGUACAUUGAUCAUCUUCAUCUGAGGGAAGCUAAGAGAAGAGCAGAGUAUAAGCGGCUUGUCGGGAAAGAGAAUGUUAGACCUAUGGAUAAUCAGACUAACGUGAGAGCAGCUAAAGAUGCUCUUUUCUUUGAUGUGCAAGAUGCAGUGCAGAAGCUUAAGGGGUUAGAGACUGAGGACUCAUCUAGUUCUUCAGAGUUCUGCUAUGGUCUUGGUGAAACUGACGAAGAAGAUGAAUCAAUCUAAUCUCUAACCAGGUAGCUUUGAUUGUGUAAGGGGAUAGAGAUUAGAGUAAAUCAUUACUGUGAAUCUUAGUCUUGUAACCGAGAGUGAAACUACUUGUUUGUUUGGUUUAGUCAAAUGUUGUAUAGACUACAAAUGUUGAUUCUCUAAUAUGAAGAUUAA